AUUUGGGAGUUUACAGUUUUUCUUUUUUUUUUGCAAGGAAUUAGGAAACAAAAAAUUUAGGUAUUUAACGACCAGACGCCGUCAAUUUGGUCAGACCCCGUUAAUAUUCCCUCCCUUAGUCCGUCUCAAUUUUCAUUGAUAAAAAUGGCACUGUAUCGCCGCCUUUCUCGGAAUCGCCAUGUCUUCCGUCGGCACGCUAUCUCUGCUCUGUAUUCCUCCGGCGACCUAAUAAACCCUAACGCGACUGUUGUUUAUUCUCCGUUUAUAAACCCCCUUCAAUUUUCUUCUUCUGAUGAUCAUAAUCACACCCUCAAUUCUAGAAAAUUGUUGACAUUUUACCCUUCACAUUCUUCAAGAAUCGAACUUUCAGGGUUCCGCCAAGUUCUUCACUUUUCAACAUUAGCUGAUUCGGAAGAGAAGAAGAAGAAUGAGCAACAAAGGCCUUCUUGGGUUGAUACUUAUUUGCCCCAAAAAAUUAGACCUUAUGCCCAUCUUGCCCGUCUUGAUAAGCCUAUUGGCACUUGGUUACUCGCUUGGCCUUGCAUGUGGUCUAUUGCUUUGGCUGCUCCACCUGGGAGUUUACCUGAUGUGAAGAUGAUGACACUAUUUGGUUGUGGGGCUUUGCUUUUGCGAGGUGCUGGAUGUACCGUUAACGAUCUUCUUGAUCGAGAUAUCGAUACUAAGGUGGAAAGAACAAGGUCAAGGCCAGUUGCUAGUGGUGUCUUGACACCCUUUCAGGGACUCACUUUUCUUGGAUUCCAAUUGCUAUUGGGUCUUGGGAUUCUUUUGCAAUUGAAUAAUUAUAGCCGCAUUUUGGGUGCUUCAUCCCUGUUGCUGGUCUUCACAUACCCCCUCAUGAAGAGGUUUACAUUUUGGGUAAUAAAUCCGAAUCUUCAUGCUGCAUCUCUCAAAUCACCUCAAGCCUUUCUUGGUUUGACUUUCAACUGGGGAGCUUUGUUAGGUUGGGCUGCCAUUAAAGGAAGUAUUGAUCCUUCGGUUGUGCUUCCUCUAUAUGCGUCCGGUGUGUUUUGGACGCUUGUAUAUGACACAAUAUAUGCACAUCAGGAUAAAGAAGACGAUCUCAAAGUGGGUGUCAAAUCUACAGCCUUAAGAUUUGGAGAUUCCACAAAAGAAUGGAUCAGUGGGUUUGGAUUAGCAUGCAUCAGCAGUCUUGCUCUUUCCGGAAUUAAUGCUGAUAUUGGAUGGCCAUACUACGCCUUUUUGGCAGCUGCUUCUGGCCAAAUGGCUUGGCAAAUUUGGACUGUUGAUCUGUCAUCUCGUGCAGAUUGCAACAGGAAGUAUAUAUCCAUUAUUUGUUUCCAACAAAUGGUUUGGUGCGUUUAUCUUUGGUGGAAUUCUAUUUGGACGAGUAUUGUGACAAUAGUAUGCGCUGCUGAUAAAGAACAAGCCUUACCAAUUUAACUGGCAGGAGCAGUGUACGAUGGGAGCUCAAUUUUGGAGCUUGCAGCAAAUUUGAAGUGGGGUGACCAAAUAAUUUGUUCCUGCAGCAUCCAAAGCUGUUAUCUGGGCUGUACGAGAAGCAUGUGAAGUAUUUACAGUAAAACAGAAUAGGGGUAACUUUUGCUUUUCCUUUUUUUCCUCCACGCCAUCGUGAUAGGUGUAUGUGAAAAGUAGAAGAUUAUAGCUUUCUCUAUAGAACAAUUCACCAGAGACUUCUCUAAGAAAUCUCUAAUAUCAGCUUGUAUUGCCCGUUGUUUGCCAAUAUUUAUUUUUUGCUGAAAUAUUCAUUGAGAAGUGUUGUUUACUAAUAAUAUUGUUAAUAUGAUUGGCAAAAAACAUUCAGUUG